AUGACACGUGGCGUGAGGAAAGAGAAACUCCGAAACCAGAGCUUUGGCGGUGGCACUUCGACGGGAAUCUCGCAGCUCACACUCCCUCUUCGCUCCAUCUACUCUACAAACCCUAAUCUUCAAAAUCCCUUCUUAAGGUGUGAUUUUGUGAUUAUGGCCAAAGCUACAAGGACAAGACGCAGGAUUCAUGCGCGACGGCUCAAAGCAAGACCCUACAAAACACAGUCUUCUAACCGACGUGUGGAAAGUAACGUGUUUGCAAAAGAUUGUUCAAAGUGUCUAGAGAAGAAGGACUAUGAGAAUGUUAUAUGCUCGGUAUGCAUGGAAUGUCCACACAACGCUGUUCUCCUCCUCUGCUCCUCUCAUGACAAGGGAUGUCGUCCUUACAUGUGUGGUACCAGUUUCCGCUAUUCCAAUUGCUUAGACCAGUACAAGAAAGCGUCAGCCAAACUGAAGACAACGUCUAUCAAUAAGUCUGAGCUUGGGAAUCUCACAUGCCCACUUUGUAGAGGCCAGGUGAAAGGCUGGACAAUAGUGCAACCUGCACGGGACUUUCUGAAUCUCAAGAAGAGGAUAUGUAUGCAGGAGGAAUGUGUUUUUGCUGGAAGCUUCAAGGAGCUGAGGAAACACAUGAAAAUAGACCACCCUUGUGCAAAGCCGCGUGAAGUUGAUCCUGACGUGGAGGAGAACUGGAGAAGGCUUGAGAUUGAGCAAGACCGAGAUGAUGUUAUCAGCACCGUUAUCUCGAUGUUACCUGGUUCAACAGUGUUUGGAGAUUACGUUAUAGAAACAAACAACCCCUACGGUUCAGAGGAGGGUCGUGAGCAUCAUGCUGGAUUUGGUAGGAGUUUGUGGAGUGUUGUCAUUAUGAUGCAUGGUCUUGGGGCAGGGGCGAUAAGGAUUCAGACAAGACACUCUGAUUCAGAUUCGAAUGACUUGACAACCCACCGUGGAACAAGUGAGACGGCUGUCUCUGGAGACGAAGAGGAAGAUACGAAUAGUAACUCUUUGGCAAGUAGAAUGAGGAGACAAGGACGGGUUCUACUAGGACGCUCAGGUAGGAGACGUAGAAAUAGAGAAGCUAACCAGAGCAGAGAUCCUCCUAGAUGAGAGAACUUACAACAAAACCUUUCGUCCGAUUCAGGGGGUUUCAGAUAAGUUGUUUGGUAUGGUUUAUGUACAAACGUAGUCAAAAAUAAACAAACAAAAAAUGCUUUUGGACCUUGUGAGAACCAUUGUCUGCUUUCACCCAUUGGCAAAAGUAGGCAGAAGCAUUGUGCUUACUGUUUUUUAACUGAAUCUGGUUGUAACUUUUCCUGGUAAAAAUUUACAUAAAACAUCAUCGUGAAUAACCAUGAAUCAUGAUGAGUGAUGUUCAAUGACCCUGAA